AUGGACGGCUCUGUUGGCGCCACGCCGCCUGGCAUAAUGUAUGUCCGUGCCCUGUACGACUACGAAGCCGACGACAGAACUAGCUUGAGUUUCCACGAAGGAGACGUCAUUCAAGUCAUCACCCAGCUUGAAAGUGGCUGGUGGGAUGGUGUCAUCAACGGUGUCCGCGGUUGGUUCCCUAGCAACUACUGUCAGAUCAUUACCGGCCCCGAGGACCUCGUCGACCAGAACCAGAACGGCCGUCUCGACCACGGCGACGAGCAGCGCGAAGAUGCUGACGUCUACGACGAGAGCUUCGAACAACAAGACUAUGAAUCCGAAGGCGACGCGCCUGGUGCCUUGCCGCUCGAGGGGACAGACGUCGGCGACAAGUCGAGAGCCGACUUUUGGAUCCCUCAGGCCACCCCCGACGGCCGACUGUUUUACUACAACAUGAUGACGGGCGAUCGCAGCAUGGAGUUGCCGCUAGAAUCUCCCGGCUCAAUCAAUGAAACUGGGCCCAGAGAUCGCAUGAACGCGUCCAUGCCCGACAAGACGCGACCCCCUGCCGAGAUGAUGGCCAGGGGUCUCAACCAGGAUGAAGACGACGACUCAACAACAUCAGCUUCAGAAGCUGAGGGCGACGGCAUAUUUGCAUCGCGGCGGCCGAACCGUCAACGAAUCCCGUUGAGCGGGGCCCUCGGCGCCCUCUCACCGUCCACCUCCAUGGACUCCAUCAACGGCACUUCGCCAAAUCGGAGAAGAAGAAACGACAGCGCUGCCAAUGGCUUCUCAAAUGGCCCCCUUCAACCGCCGAAUAUCGCCUCUGCCACUUCCUUUACUAGCACAACAUACAACCUGCCCACCACGACAACCGUUCCGCGAUCGUUUUUCGAUGAUGGGUCGACACCCGCGCUCAGCUGGAGUUUGCUGGUCUCCAACAUGAAGCGUGCGAUUGACCGUUACCGAGACGCCAUCACCGCAAACAACCGCUCGGAAUAUGUAGCACGGGCCGAAGACAUUUCAGACCACCUGCGACUGCUGCUCGCUGCUGGCUCCGGCACCACUGACAACCACUCUGGGCAGCCGUCCAUCAUUUCCACAAACAAGGCGCUCUACCCUCACUUCCGCGAUAUGAUGUCCAAGUUCUCCAAGCUCGUCAUCUCGUCGCAUAUUGCCGCUGCAGACUGGCCAAAUGCCGAAUCGGUCCAAAAGUGUCUCCAGGAAGCGGACGGAGUUCUUCUUGGCGUAUUUAGCUACGUCGAGGUAGCGCGACAGCAGCGCGGCGAAGAGAUUCCAAGACUUUUUCCUGGUUUUGUGAUUGGGAGUACUGCGGGUGGAAGCUGGCAAAACAACGGUCUUGGACCUCGCGACCCUAUAACGUCAAAUUUCCUCGAGGACGACGAAGGUGCUGUUGAGCCGACAUCGGCUCUUGAUGGUAGAUUGCUUGAGCGGCUGGAUGAUCUCAAGCGCAUGCUAUUAACAAGCCUGCGCGAGCUCGACAAGACGCUUAUUGCGCCUGAGAACAUCGUCACUCCAUAUCGACACGAGGUCAUCGGCAACAAUAUUUGCCUGGCAGGGGGCAAGGUCAUUGAUACGUUCCGACCCUGGAUUUAUACUGUGGAGUCUGCCGACUUGUCCCCCCUGGGCGACAGCUUCCAGACACCCCAGUUGUCCGAGUUUGGCACUUCUAAGCAAAGUUUGUAUGACAACAUUGCAGACUUGCUAUUAGCCUGCCAGGCUGUCGCUGGUCCCUUGGCCGACGAAUGGUCCGAGAUUCGGGGGGAAGCGCUGGGAAACAGGCUUGAAUAUGUGAAAUCAUGUGCCAGAGCGCUCGAGACUAACUCGGCCCACGUUGGCUACUCGUUACAGCUACUGUCGGAGCAAGUCCAGGCCAACCUGCAGCUCCAACCGCCCAAGAAGCAGGAAUCGCGGUCGCGGGAUCCAAUACCCCCCCCACCGCUGCAGCGUGGCGAGUCCAUGCCAUUUGAGCGUCCACACCAACGAAAUGAGUCCAAGAUCGUGCCUGUUCGACCUGCACUUAUGACGGCCCAAUCUUUCAGCGAGGGCGAGCCGCCGCCUGGUGCCCUACGAAAGGGGGAUUAUUCCAAGGUCAAAAAGAUUUUCGGAGAAGAUCCUUCUCCUCAAGCCAUGCAGGCCGACGACACUCCAGACUUUUUGCGCCUCGACCACGAAAACGAUGUUUCGUGGGAUACAAAGUCUGUUCAGCCCGCCGUCCGGGGCGGCUCUCUACUGGCGCUUGUCGAGCAGCUCACGCGGCACGACAAGCUAGAUUCAUCCUUUAACAACACCUUUCUCCUCACAUACAAAUCUUUUACGUCGGCACGAGAACUGUUUGAGUUAUUAGUCAAGCGAUUCGCCAUUCAGCCACCUGAAGGACUCUCACAACCGGAUUUUGAGACUUGGCGCGACAGAAAGCAGAAACUCAUUCGAUUUCGUGUAGUCAAUAUCCUCAAGAGCUGGUUUGACAGCUUCUGGAUGGAAGAGUACAACGACGAGUCUAAACAAUUGAUCCGAGACGUAUACGACUUUGCUAGAGAUACAGUUAAAUCGACAGAAACUCCAGGUUCGGGGCCGCUGAUGGCUAUGCUCAACCAAAGACUCAAUGGUACAGACGUAAACGCCAGGCGUAUGGUUCAGACCCUGAACCAGAGCACACCGUCACCGAUCAUGCCCAAGAACAUGAAGAAGUUGAAAUUCGCUGACGUCGAUGUGACUGAGUUUGCUCGUCAGUUGACCAUCAUUGAAUCGAGACUUUACGGCAAGAUCAAGGCGACCGAGUGUCUCAACAAAACGUGGCAGAAGAAGGUUGGCGAAGGUGAGCCUGAGCCUGCACCGAACGUCAAAGCACUGAUUCUGCACUCGAAUCAAAUGACCAAUUGGGUGGCCGAAAUGAUUUUGGCGCAAGCGGACGUCAAGAAGCGAGUCACUGUGAUUAAGCACUUUGUCUCCGUCGCCGAUAAAUGCCGGACACUGAACAACUUUUCUACGCUUACGUCAAUCAUCUCAGCGCUCGGCACGGCACCGAUUGCGCGCCUCAAACGAACGUGGGACCAAGUACCGCAGCGCACGCACGCGGUGCUGGAAACGAUGCGCAAGCUGAUGGCGAGCACGAAGAACUUUGGCGAGUACCGCGAGGCGCUGCACGCGGCGAACCCUCCUUGCAUUCCAUUCUUCGGCGUGUACCUGACCGAUUUGACUUUUAUCGAGGAUGGCAUUCCAUCAAUCAUCAAAAAGACGAAUCUGAUCAACUUUGCGAAGCGUGCCAAGACGGCCGAGGUGAUUCGCGACAUUCAGCAGUACCAAAAUGUGGGAUACUCCCUACAGCCAGUACCGGAGCUGCAAGACUACAUCAUCAGCAACAUGCAGGCGGCGGGCGACGUGCACGAAAUGUACGACAAGAGCCUGCAGAUCGAGCCGCGCGAGCGCGAGGAAGAAAAAAUCGUGAGGUUCGUAAGACCACUCAUCUAG